GGAAAAAUAACGCUGUGAGAAGAACCAGGCGUCAUCGUUCAGUCAUGGCGUCUCUCCUGCAGCCCGACAGAGUGGUUUAUCUGGUGCGCGGAGAGAAGAAGAUCCGCGCUCCGCUCUCGCAGCUCUAUUUCUGUCGAUACUGCAGCGAGCUGCGGUCCUUGGAGUGCGUCUCACAUGAAGUUGACUCUCAUUACUGUCCCAGUUGUCUGGAGAGCAUGCCAUCAGCUGAAGCGAAGCUCAAGAAGAAUCGAUGUGCAAACUGUUUCGACUGCCCGUGCUGCAUGCACACUCUGUCCACACGAGCCACCAACAUCCCGGCGCCGCUACCCGACGAUCCGUCCAAGACCACCAUGAAGAAGGCGUAUUACCUCGCCUGUGGGUUCUGCCGCUGGACUUCACGCGACGUCGGCAUGGCCGACAAGUCUGUGGCCAGUGGAGGAUGGCAGGAACCAGAGAAUCCUCACACUCAGAGGAUUAAUAAACUGAUCGAGUAUUAUCAACAGCUGGCCCAGAGAGAGAAGUUGGAGAGAGACAGGAAGAAACUGGCCCGAAGACGCCCGUUCAUGCCUCAAGCCUUCUCGCAACACACUAUUCACGUGGUGGAGAAGUACGGCCUGGGUACCCGGCUUCAGAGGCAGAGACCUGGCGCUCCCAUCAGCGCCCUCUACGGCCUCAAUCUGAAGGAAGGUGAAGAGCAGAAGGAGGUCAGUAUUGAACCCGCUCAGGCGCUGGAUGAGGUGGAGCCUUUGCCUGAGGACUAUUACACACGGCCUGUUAACCUGACUGAAGUGACGACACUUCGCCAGAGGUUGCUUCAGCCCGACUUCCAGCCUGCAGGAGCGUCUCAGCUCCACCCCAAACACAAGCACCUGCUGAUGAAACGCUCGCUGCGCUGCAGGAAAUGUGAGCACAAUCUGAGCAAACCGGAGUUCAACCCGACCUCUAUCAAGUUUAAAAUCCAGCUGGUGGCCGUGAGCUACAUCCCUGAAGUGAGGAUCAUGUCCAUUCCAAACCUGCGUCACAUGAAGGAGUCUCAGGUGCUGCUGACCCUGACUAACCCGGUGGAGAGCGUCACUCACGUCAGCCUCUUCACCUGUGAGGAAGGAGAUCCUGAUGACAUCAACAGCACAGCUAAGGUGUUAGUUCCAGCGAAGGAGCUGGUUCUGGCAGGGAAAGACGCAGCGGCGGAAUAUGACGAGCUAGCCGAGCCACAGGACUUCCAGGACGACCCGGAUGUGGUGGCCUUCAGGAAGUCUAACAAGAUCGGUUUCUUCAUCAAAGUGAUCCCUCAGCGCGAGGACGGCGACGUCACCGUAUCCUUCAAGAUGCGCCACGACUUCCGCAACCUGGCGGCUCCCAUCAGGCCGAGCGAGGAAGGAGAAUCUGCUGUGGAGCUCAUCUGGCUCACACACCACGUAGAGCUCAGCCUGGGGCCACUCGCAGCCUGAACACACACACAGUCAUGAGUAGUGAUGGCAGGAUCAAAUCCCACCUCAGUCAAUCCCUUAGUGAUUUAUAAAACCUACACACACUACACAUCACGUAUAUUUGUGCGCGCACACGCUCCAUCUUCUCCUGCAUGCCGUCAUUGACCUGCAGAGCUGUAACUCUGAGUAGCUCCUUCCCCUCUCCUUCUGUCACUAUGUUCAUGUCCUCUCUCUCUCUCUCUCGUGCUUUCUCUGAUGUUCAGUAGACGGUUCGUUGCUUUUUAGUCCAGAGCGCUCUGCUGAGUACUAACAUGGUCAUUGGUGGUCGAUUAAUAAACCGUAUUAAUUCAUACUGUGGACAAAUAGCACAUAAAAACCAGGGAAGAGUUUGUGUAUUAAUUCUCUGCUACGAUGUGAAGGCUGAUACGGCGCGUGUCGAAAUCUCACUGAUGUCCAAGUGUUCUGUAGCAAAGAGAGUCUUUAAAAAAAACAGUUCACUAAUAAAAGUCUGAUAUUUAAACAAACAAA